AUGGACCUAGUUGAUCCUAAGUUGGGGUCAAACUUCAACGAGGAAGAGGCAAUGAAAAUGAUGAAUAUUGCUUUUCUUUGCACCAAUGUCUCUCCCUCGGCAAGACCUACAAUGUCCUCUGUAGUGAGCAUGCUGGAAGGUAAGGUUUCUGUCAAGGAAUUGAUUUCAGAUCCAGAUGACAUGAGAAAAGAGAUGAAGGCAAUAUGGACCCUUAUUCAGCAGAAUGAAACGGUAACCAACGACAAGAACAAUACUGAGAGCCUAUCGUUCAUAAACAUGGGAUCAACCAGUUCUUCGAUAUCAAUGAAGAGCAGAAACUAG